AUUGUAUACCCAUCUGAGCGUAUUUGCGGAUCCAGGGAUGAAAUGAGAAGCCCCCGAAAUCUCCUUGAAGAUAGGCUAAUUUUACCCAGGCACUGGAGCAGCUGCGCACCUACUGGACAGAUUCUCCACAGAAUCUAGAAACCCUGAUCUGCGCAUCUCGUGGACAAAGCGAAUGUUGUCAAAAUGUCAACAAUGGCAUCCCCGUUGCGGGACGUCACUUGAUCGGACCAUGCCAACAAGGGUCAUCGACGUAGGUUGCCCACCAGACGAAAGUGCGGCUUUCCUCGUUGCGACAGAAGGCCGUGCUGGCAAAUAUAUCGCGCUAUCAUAUUGUUGGGGAGACGGUGUGAAGCCGGAGGUAAAACUCAUGAAAUCCACGUACGACGCUCUGCUCAGACGCAUAGAUGAAGAGAGAAUGUUCAGGACUCAUCAAGAAGCUUUGCAAGUUGCUCGCGAACUAGGAUUUCAAUACUUGUGGAUCGAUGCCAUUUGCAUCAUCCAAGACAGCCUUGAAGACUGGCAAAUUGAAAGUGCGAAGAUGACACAGGUUUACGGCAAUGCGGAGCUAACUUUGGUGGCCGGGAGAAAUGGUGAUAGCACUAAGGGAUUCAUCAACAACCCCGUUGUUCCAGCGAUGCCACCACAUCAACUCGAAUACACCAACCCAGCUUAUCCGCGGGAAGAACAAAGCGUAUGCUACGUCACCCUCCCUAGAAGCUUGGACAGGGGCCGAGUUGAAGAUCGUGCGUGGUGUUUUCAGGAAUCGAUCCUAAGCCGACGCAGUAUCGUGUAUGGUGUCGAGCAACUGUCCUUCCAAUGCCAGGAAGGCUUGUUCUGUGAAGAUGGUACUAUCCGGCUCAAAGAAGCCAACCAGGAAGGACGCUAUAUCCUGAGCGAGCCUCUAGCUAACGAGACCGAAUCCAUUGCUGCAAAAGAAACUAUGCUACGCCGCUGGUAUCAUAUGGUUGACCAAUACUCCAUGCGAGGCAUCUACGAGCCUCACGAUAUCUUCGCUGCAUUAGCGGGCAUCGCAAAAGCGGUCCAGAACACUCUACGCUGUCGGUAUCUUGCUGGAAUUUGGGAAGUUGACUUGAUUAGGGGGCUUCUGUGGCAUAGCCGAAACGAUACGCUGCCCUUUCCCCCAGGAGGACGAUAUCAAGCUUUGAAACGUCCAACGGAGAGAAACGCCAACAAACCUCAUGUACUCGGCCAAGUUGCACUGCGAGCGCCAUCUUGGUCCUGGGCUUCGGUAGAGGGACCAGUAUUUACAAGCUCGGUCCAUCAGCUGGGGAAAUACGUACAGAAGUACCGCACAGCCGCCAAUUUUCGCGUCAGACCGGCACUCGAGCAUCCACGGAGAUGGACCGACAAUGAGAGUUGUGAUGUGCAACAGAUGUGGAUGCCAGAGUGUGAGCUGGAGGUGUUUGGAGCACUCGUAAGCGUCCGGUGCUCAGACCAAAAGGUCCCAGACUACGCGAAGCGCACGAAGUGGUGGUAUUCACCUGCGAAAAUCGCGAAGCACGGCGUUCUUCUGGUAGCAACUGACCAUCAACCAGAACGAGCUGUAGGCGUCGGUCUGUUUGAUGUGCCUGAUGAAAAGAAUUCGCCAUUAAGUUGCAUGCGUAUCAUUAAGGAGGAAGGACUGAUGCUGCAGCGGGAUGAGUGCGGAAAGUAUCAUCGACUCGGCAUCUUCGUGGUUGAGGACGAGGACUGGUUUGACGCUGCGCCAGAGAGAAAGGUCUCGCUUGUGUGAGACCUUCACCAGGCGAGGUACUUGAUGAUGCUGCCGGCCAUUUCAAUCUCGAGCUGCCCACCUCUUCAGGCCUGUCAUUCGUGGUCUCUUGCCCACGUUUUCCGUCGACCAAUCAGACGUACAGAUGGACGAAUGAAUGUCUCCAACCUUCGAUGU